AUGGCCCUCAGCCGCAUCUAUGCAUCAAAGUUGGCAUGUGCCGCCAAUAAGAAUGCCCUGCCGGCAAUCGCUACGUUCGUGCGCAAUGCUUCCGACAGCACAGACCUGAAGGCCGUCCUGACGGAAAAGAUCCCGAAGGAGCAGGAGCGCAUCAAGAACUUCCGUAAGCAGCAUGGCAACACUAAAGUUGGCGAAGUCACCGUUGAUAUGAUGUAUGGCGGUAUGCGUGGCAUCAAGGGUCUGGUGUGCGAAACUUCCGUGCUUGACCCGGAAGAGGGCAUCCGUUUCCGCGGUUUGUCGAUCCCCGAGUGCCAGGACGUGCUGCCGAAGGCACCAGGUGGUCAGGAACCGCUGCCUGAGGGUCUGUUCUGGCUGCUGAUCACUGGUGAUGUGCCGUCGAAGGCUCAGGUUGAUGCGCUGUCGCGCGAAUGGGCCAACCGUGCUGCACUGCCCUCGCACGUCGUGACCAUGCUGAACAACAUGCCCACCUCUCUGCACCCAAUGUCGCAGCUGAGCUGCGCCGUGACCGCACUGAACCACGAGAGCAAAUUCGCGAAAGCGUACUCCGAUGGUGUACACAAGAGCAAGUACUGGGAAUACGUGUACGAGGACAGCAUGGACCUGAUUGCGAAGCUGCCGGUGAUUGCGGCCACCAUCUACCGCAACACGUACCGUGAUGGUAAGGGUAUUGGUGCAAUCGACCCGAAGAAGGAUUGGUCGGCCAACUUCACCAAGAUGCUGGGUUAUGAGGACGAGAAGUUCACCGAGCUGAUGCGCCUGUACCUGACGAUCCACAGUGACCACGAGGGUGGUAACGUGUCGGCCCACACGGUCCAUCUGGUCGGUUCGGCACUGAGCGAUCCGUACCUCUCGUUCGCCGCCGGCAUGAACGGUCUCGCUGGUCCGCUCCACGGAUUGGCCAACCAGGAGGUGUUGGUGUGGCUGCAGAAGCUGCGCAAGGAGCUGGGCGACAAUGCCAGCGAGGAAAAGGUGAAGGAGUUCAUCUGGAAGACGCUGAAGUCGGGCCAGGUGGUGCCCGGUUACGGUCACGCUGUGUUGCGCAAGACCGAUCCCCGUUACACCUGCCAGCGCGAGUUCGCCCUCAAGCACCUGCCAAACGACCCGCUGUUCGGGCUGGUCUCGAACAUCUACAAGGUCGUGCCCCCAAUCCUGACCGAGCUCGGCAAGGUCAAGAACCCGUGGCCAAACGUAGAUGCCCACUCCGGUGUGCUGCUGCAGUACUACGGCCUGAAGGAGAUGAACUACUACACCGUGCUGUUCGGUGUAUCGCGUGCCCUCGGCGUGUUGGCGUCGCUCGUGUGGGAUCGUGCUCUCGGUUUGCCGAUCGAGCGCCCCAAGUCGAUGUCCACCGAUGGAUUGAUCAAGGCCACCUCCAAGUAA